AUGAAGCACUUAGUGCACUCCUUCUGCAGUGAGGGCAAGGGGGUCUGUGGAGCAGAGAGGACCCAAGCCUCUGGAGAGUGUGGAAGCCUGGGGGUUCAGUUGGCACCCUUCCCCCUGGACACAACAGCCUGGUCAGCCUCUGACCAGCUCAUCAGCAGGCCACGUUAGCCAGCAACACCCCUAAACUUUGGGGACCUCAGGGUGCCUGUCUCCGUGCUGUGCUGGCUGUUCCUUCCCUCAAGCCUGCUGGCUGCAGCCACACUGACUCUGAGCCUCCUGCUGCUGGCAACCAUCCUGAAGAGCCAGAAGCUGUGGCAAGAGCUCCACUACCUACUGCUGGCUAACAUCCUGCUUUCAGAUCCGGCCUACCUUGUGUUCUACAUGCUUAUCUCAUCCAGCAACUUGAGUGGCUGGACUCUGUGCCACAUCACCUGUGGUGUUCUCACAGAUGUUGUCUUUGCUACCUACACCAGCACCAUCCUGUCUUUCAUGGCCACCAUGCUGCACACCUACCUGGCAGUUGCUUAUCCUUUGUGCUACUUCUCCUUCAUGUCCUGUGAGGCUGUCCAGAAAGUGGUGGCCCUCAUCUGGCUGCUGGCCUAAUUCUUCCCUACAUGUCUCAUUUGGCUUAGCAAGCAGCAAGAUGCCAGUUUAGAGAAACAAGGGGCCUUAUGCAUCCUGCAGCUGACCCUGUGCAAUGAGCCAGGCUGUGGCCCCUUGGUCACUAUUACCCACACCUACAUUUUAUGCAUUCACUUUCUAUGCACAGGUCUCAUCACCUACUGCUUCUGGAGGAUCUAUGCAGAGACCAGGACUUCAGGCAUCUGGGUCCAGGGCUAUUCCUGGGCCAUGGGCACCCUGCUCAUCCAUACAGUGCUACUCAUACUGUACGUUAGCCCUGUUAUGGUGUUUUGCCUGGAUAUCAUGCUAACCAAGUACAACCACAUUGAUGCCAAAACUCAUGUGUGGCUCAUGGCAGCCAACAGCGAGGUGCUUAUGACUCCUCGUGCCAUGCUCCCAUACCUGUAUACACUCCACUACUGGUAGCUGUUGGGGAUGGUCGGGGGCCACUUCUCCUCCAGGAGGCACAGUGACAUCUUCACCAUUUUUAAGAGCUACAAAUUUCACAGUUUGGCAAGCUGA